AUGCAUUGCCUCUGGCACAUCAUCAAAGUCGUGGACGUUGCCGAAUUGAACUGCGACUGCCAGCGCCAGGCGGCUCUCGCCGCUCGCGCCGCUCGGAGACGGCCCGCCUGCGUCGUUGGCGGGGCCGGCGCUGGCAUGGAGACAAGGCGUCCGCAGGGGGACGUUCGCUCAUUGACCUGCGCGGGCAUCCUCAUGUCGUAUAUUCGAUUCGUGCAUUGCAAUCCGCAGAGUUUCAGUUCUCAGGGUCGUCAAGAGGAGGUAAUAUUGCACACGGCUAAGUCUUUCCACAUGCGAGUUUCCGUGGGCACGUAG